GACUUGAUUUACGCCCAGAAGACUUGGAAUCAAGAUUUCGGUAGUCCAGACAAAUUGACAAGUGGACAAGACGACAGCUCCUUUGUUAUCUAUUGUUCACCUGAGUGGGAUAGAAAGCAAAAGCAGAGGCCCGAAGAGUGGGCAAGGCUGAGAAGCAGAGGAAAAUGAGUAAAAUUACAGCAGGAGCAGCAGGUUCCUUAUUGUCUCCGUUAAUCCAGAAGGAGCAGCAGCAGCAGCAGCUCAUUGGCAACUUCACCACAGGGGAAGGAGAAUGGAAGAAGUUAGGGAGGAAACAAUGGCGGCUGCAUUCAAGAUCAUCAAGGCAGCAUGUGCAGAGCCAGAUAUCAGUGCAGCAACCUCAAACAUACUCUGCAACCAUCACCACCGAUAUCCCUCUUCAUGAAUCUCCAUCUCCAGCAGCUUCCUUUGAUAGGUAUCUGGAGGACAAACCCAGGGUUUUCCAGGCAAUGUUCCCUGAUAAACAGAGAAGCCAACAGCUUAAUGAGGUAGCUGUGUGAAUCUUUCUGUUUUAAUCUCGAUGGAAAUUUGCAGAUACCUCUGCACUUAAAGGACAACAAUGGAUAAAGUACAGAACUUGGGAUAAAGGAAGCUUCUUUUUGUUGUGGGCAGGAAGAGUGGAGGAUUCAAAUGCUGCCCAUAAACUUCGUAUUCUUGACAGUAUGGCCAACAGUUGAUGCGAGGCUGAGGUGCAUAGCUGGAGGGAGAGACUACCCACCACAAAUCACAAAGGUUAUGGAGCUCCAAAUUGUACGUUACAACAACCAACUAAUGCAUAUGCAUUUUUGACAAACUCUCGUUUCUCAAUUCAUCCAAAUAAAGUAUUCUCUGGAAUGCAUGAAUUCCCGAAGCUGCGAUGGGAGCUGAAGGGGCUCAACGACGUCAUCGAACCGUCUCAUUUCUCCCUCGGCGUAAGAGGAGUGUUAUACGCCGACAGAGGAAGAGGUGAGACCGUAACCAGAACCAGAAGCAGAACCAGGCUUAAAGGGAAGCUGGAGAUGGAGAUAAGCUUUCUCCUUCCUCCAGUGCUUGCCUUUGUUCCAGAGGAUGUUCGCAAGAGCGUUGCUGAAACGGUGCUGACUAGAUUGGUUGAGAACAUGAAGCACAAGGUUAAUGGCAGCUUGUUGUCGGAUUAUAGCAAGUUCAAGGCAGAGAGAUCCUGACCUGCAUCUAACCCUCUUCCCCUUUUGCUUUUCUUCUUUCAAGAGUAGUCAAAUCAAUCACAGUUCAGCGAGUCGUUGUAAUGGUGAGGUGUGAUUUUGCCAAAACUAGAGUUACCCAAUUUUCUAUCACAUCACACUGAUCUUAUAUGCCAUUUUUCCCCGCUCAAUCCAAAGACACACAAUCAACAUUACGUGUAAAAAGAGGUUUUGGUAGAAGGGCGAUUCUCAAAUUCGAAACCUAACAAGCAAUGCAUU